AUGACAAGGAUGCAGCAGCAACGCAUGCCCUUCUUUCUGGUUGUCUUCUUUGUGGUCCUCAUCGCGGGAAUAGUUUUGUCGGGUCCCUCCACGCCACGCAGGAGCAGAGUCCGACGUCAGAACAUGAAGGUCCGUAUCAACGCUACAGGUGACACCAUCGUAAUGAAGUUUGUACGUCCCAACACCGACACCAAGCUGGAGGGCUACAUCCUGGGCUACGGCAGCAGCAUGUUCUCCAAGCAGUUCAUUCCGCUUCCGGAGAAUGGGAAGCCUUACGAGACUGAGUUUGACGCAGAGCCUAAAUACCUGAUAGCCGUCCAACCGAUCCCAACCAACGAUAUCAAAAAGCAUUGCACAGGGAAAGUGGAAUUGGAGAAGCCACUUCACUUAGUUAUAGGCUCAGUGACACCCACUUCAGUUCUGCUCUCCUGGGGAACCUUAUUGAAGACUCCGUAUGAAGGGAACAUCAUGAAUGACUGUCUCGAGGAUGGACACUACACUGUGCGUUACCGGGAGAGGAACAGAAAAUGGAAUUACCAGACCUGCCCAACUAGUGACACAGUAAUUGACAAUCUCAAGCCCAAUGCAGUGUACGAGUUCGGUGUUCAGCCUAGCACAAAGGACAAGACUGGUUCGUGGAGCAAGCCUGUCAUCCACAACAUUAGCUCAGGGGGCAUUCAAGAGAAAGUCAUCAGGAAAAUCUACAAACGUCCCAUCAGCUCUGUGAAACCCAUUGCACCAGGUCCUCACUUCCCCUUCUCUCCUCGCCAUGUUCUUCACAAUAGGACGCAGGGAAGACUACCCCUAUCCCGCAUCAUAACCCCAAAGACAACUCUUGCACCCAUCACAACUACUAAACAGGAACCUUUGUCUACCACUGGACCUGUGGCACCUGUGACUACUACCAAACAGCCCAUCGGUACCUCUAACCGGAGAGUUGAGAACCCUCGCUCCCCCACAAGCUCUUCAGCUAUCCCUGGAGGAAGAAACACAACAUUUUCCCGCGUCCGGCCUCCACCUCACUUCCCUCGAAAUGGUGUCAGAUCAUUCCCCACCUCACACAGCUCUAGGAUCUCUGGGGUGCAUCAUAGGAGCAAUGCUCUCCCUAAACCUGGAGCAUGGCCCAAAGAGAAACCUGUUCUGCGACCAUCUGUUCCUAUUAACAAGAGACCCAACCUUGUGGGGAUGCCAAACGACCAUGAUAAACCCAUGGACCUCAAACAAGGCGACAAGGAGUCCAUCUUGAAGCCUUUCCCCCUGGUCACGUCCAAGCCUAAGCAGGAACGGCGACAACAGACAACCACUACUACGCCUUCAUUAAACAGCAGCCGCUUUGACAUCAAUGAAAAUUCCUCCAUAUUCAGGCCCCUGCCCGCAUCCGAUGUGGACAUUAUGGGAAAGAAGCGAUAUGUUGCUCCUCACGUGGUCUACAAGACUGAUAAGAAGCCAGACGAGCCUUGUUCCAUCACAUCCUCGCUGACUUACUUCCCUGACGAAGAGGACGGCGGCGAUCAGAACGUGACGGCCGCCCCCCGUAACCCACCAUCCAAUCUCACCGUUGUUACCGUCGAAGGGUGUCCGUCUUUUGUCAUCCUUGACUGGAAGAAAUCUGAUAACGAAACUAGAGAAUACGAGGUAGUAUCAACGGCUAAAGGACCCAACGGAGAAGAAGUGUCCAUAUUGACGACAACAAACCAGACGCAUACGGCUGUGGAGAAUCUAAAACCAGAAAGCAGCUACGAGUUCAAAGUGACACCAAAGAACGAGCUGGGAACGGGGCCGUCGAGCGAGCCUGUGUCGUUUAACACAGAGUCAGCUGACCCACGCGUGAGUGAAAAUGUUUCAGGAAAAGAUGCCCUUUGGACACAGUUCCCAUUCAAGACGGACUCUUACUCAGAAUGCAAUGGGAAGCAAUACGUGAAGAGGACUUGGUACCGAAAGUUUGUGGGCAUCCAGCUCUGCAACUCCCUCAGAUAUAAGAUCUACCUCAGUGACUCACUCAAUGGAAAGUUCUAUAACAUUGGAGAUCAAUCGGGUUACGGUGAGGACCACUGCCAGUUUGUGGACUCCUUCCUGGAUGGACGGACUGGGGCGCAGGUGUUUGCUGACCAGUUACCAUCAAGGCCAGGUUACUUCCGAGCACUGAGACAAGAGCCAGUUAGCUUCGGCGAGAUUGGGGGUAAAUCGCACGUGACUUACGUGGGAUGGUACGAAUGCGGCACGCCCAUACCCGGCAAGUGGUAA